GUGUGGUUGAAAAAAAUAUUUGGAGAUCAUCCCAUUCCCCAAUAUGAAGUGAAUCCACGGACCACUGAGAUUUUACAUCAUCUUUCAGAACGCAACAGGGUCCGGGACAGAGAUGUCUACCUGGUAAUAGAAGACUUGAAACAGAAAGCAAGUGAAUAUGAAUCAGAAGCCAAGCAUCUUCAAGACCUUCUCAUGGAAAGUGUGAAUUUUUCCCCUGCCAGUCUCUCUAGCACUGGUUCUAGGUAUCUGACUGCCUUGGUUGACAGCGCAGUGGCCCUUGAAACAAAGGAUACCUCACUAGCUAGUUUUAUCCCUGCAGUGAACAAUUUGACCUCUGACCUUUUUCAUACCAAAUCCAAAAAUGAAGAAAUCAAGCUUGAAUUGACAAAACUUCAAAAAAAUCUAACUGCAACUUUAGUAUUAGAAAAAUGUCUACAAGAGGAUCUCAAGAAGGCAGAGUUGCAUCUGUCUGUGGAAAGGGCCAAAGUUGACAAUCGUCUUCAGAAUAUGGGCUUCCUAAAAGCGAAGUCAGAGGAGUUCAAAUUUGGAAUCAGAGCUGCAGAGGAGCAACUUUCAGCCAGAGGCAUGGAUGCUUCGCUGUCUCAUCAGUCACUAGUAGCACUCUCAGAGAAAUUGGCAGAAUUAAAAGGACAGACUGUACCUUUGAAGAAAAAAUUGGAGUCCUAUUUAGAUUUAAUGCCGAAUCCAUCUCUUGCUAAGGUGAAAAUCGAAGAAGCAAAGCGAGAAUUAGAUACCAUUGAGGCUGAACUUACAAAGAAAGUAAAUAUGAUGGAACUGUGACCAGAGCCAAAUAUGCUUCAUCUUUCCUAACAAAGAGCAUGUGACAGAACGCUCACCAUAGUCUGGCUAUGACCCCAAGUCUGGACUUCUAAUGUCCUGGGUUUGAUAAGACACCAGCCGAAGAGGCCACUCUGCCAGCCUUAUUUAGUGUCAUGAUGCCCAGAUGUACUGAUGUUGUUACUUAGCACAGCUUCUUCUGACAUUGUGUGGGUAUAUAAUUUUAGGUUUAUCUAAUAUUGCCCAGUUCUCACAUUUACAGUUUUCUUUAAAUUCUGCAGCAGCAAUUAUUGGUUGACACCUGCUUCCACUGUAUUGGGGGAGAUAAUGUUUUCUCUGCCUCUUCAGGAUCCAUAUUCUCUGUGCUAGUUCAGACACUGAACAUGAAUUCUAGCUCUUAUACCACCUACCAAUGUGACCUUAAAGACAUCAUGUAAACUCUCAGGAGUCCAAUGGAAUAAUACUUGCCCUACCUCCUUUAUCAUUCAUUCACUUAUUUAUUAACAAGUUUUAUUAAACACUAUGUGUCAGGUAGUGGGGCCACAAGGGUAAGCAAGAAUCUCCUCAGUCUCAGAGAAGCAGUUUAUAAAUUCACAGAAUAUCAGACUGGAAGAGAUUGUCCUGUCCAAAUUUUAGUCUUCUAGACAAGGAAACUGAGGCUCAAAGAAGUAAAAUGACUGCCCAGAUGUCACAUCCAGUCAGUGACUGAGUUGGGAUUGGAAUCCCGAUUGCUUAGUUCCCAACCCAGAGAUUUUUUCUUGGUAUUACCUGCACUUGUCUACCUAGCUUUUAACUACUUAGAAAUCUAGACUGGGGAUGUCCAACCUUCUCAAAUGUGAAACAAAACAAAACACCCUUAAGAAAAUAACAGAAAACUCCAAACUACUUUUAACCACAAAAGUAAUACUUGAUCAUUUCAAAUAAUUCCAGCACAUAAUUUGAAAACACAUAAAUAAUUAAAAGUCUGAGUCCUUUCCUACUUUUGUCCACAGUUCUACUUACCAAGAGUGAAUCCUUCUAGACUUUUAUCUGUGCAGAGCUGAUAUUAUAUAUAUUAUAUUAUUUUAUAAUAUAACAUUCAUAUUUUUCAAAAUGUCAGUAGUCCCCUCCUUUAAAAUUCUUUUUUGUUUUAUUUAUCCAUUAUACAGUUGAUGGACAUUUGUGUUACUUCCAUUGGGGUUCUUAUGAAUAAAGAUGCUUUGUAUUCCCAUACCUGUCUUGGUACACAUAUAUUUGCGUUUAUUUGAAGUAUAUACCUAGGACUAAAAUUGCUGAUAUGUUCAAAUUUAGAAAGUGCUGCCAAAACAUUUCUCAAAAUGAUUAUAUUAACUUACACUCUGACCAACUGUGUAUGAGAGAUCCAAUUGCUCCACAUCUUCAUAAAUCCUUGAUAUUGUCAUUAAGAAAUUUAGCCAUUUUGUGGGUGUUAGUAUUAUCACAUUGUAGUUUUACUUUGCAGUUGCUUGAUUACUCAUCAGGUUGAGAACAUUUUCUAUACUUGUUGACUAUUUGGGUAGCCUAUUUUGUAAAUUGCCUGUUUAGUCGUUUAACCAUUUUUCUUUUAGGCUAUUUGCCUUUUCUUAGUGAUUUGUUGUUCUUUAUAUAUUCUGGUUCUGAGGUCUUUAUCAGCCGUAAAUACUGCAAAUAUCUCCUCAUUGUAUGGAUUGCCAUUUUACUCUUUUAUUGUAUAUCAAUUUUACCUCAAAAAAUCUGUUAGAAAAUGAAA